AUGGCAAAGUCUGAGUUCACCACUGAACCCAUUGCCAUUGUGGGAAGCAGCUGUCGCUUCCCCGGCAGCUCAAGCUCCCCAUCGAAGCUAUGGGAGCUGCUAAAGAACCCCAAGGAUAUUCUCAAGGAGAUACCAGAGAGUCGUUUCAACCCAGAAGGAUUUUACAACGAUAAUGGAGAAUACCACGGCAGCACGAAUGUGAGACAUUCCUAUCUCCUCGACGAAGAUUUCCGAGAAUUCGACCACAACUUCUUCAAUAUCCAUCCGAAAGAAGCAGAGUCCAUGGAUCCCCAGCAGCGCAUGCUACUGGAGAUUGUUUUUGAGUGCCUCGAAGCGGCAGGAUACUCGAUCCAAGAGAUGAAGGGAUCUCAGACGGCCAUUUUUGUGGGACAGAUGACUCAGGACUACUCCGAUUUAUUACUGCGAGACGUAGACAGUGCACCACAGUAUGCAGCGACCGGUAUUUCGAGAGCCAUUCUGUCUAAUCGAGUGUCGUACUUUUUCGACUGGAAAGGACCAUCAUCCACGAUAGACACGGCAUGUUCGUCAAGCUUGGUAGCGUUGCAUCACGCUGUGCAAACUCUGAGGAGCGGAGAGUCGUCACUGGCGGUGGCAGCCGGCGUGAAUUUGAUUCUCGGCCCUGAUCCAUAUAUCCUCGAAUCCAAGCUUCACAUGUUAUCUCCGACAGGCAGAUCACGCAUGUGGGACGCUGGAGCUGAUGGAUACGCGCGAGGUGAAGGCUUUGCGUCGGUGCUUCUCAAGACCCUGAGCCAAGCGAUUGCAGACGGUGAUCAUAUUGAAUGCAUCAUUCGAGAAACGGGCGUCAACCAGGAUGGGCGCACAUCUGGUAUUACCAUGCCCAGCUCUACAUCACAGACAGCGUUAAUUCGGUCAACCUAUGCCAGAGCUGGCUUGGAUUGGCGGAAGAAGGAAGAACGCUGCCAGUAUUUUGAGGCUCACGGCACAGGAACUAUGGCUGGAGAUCCCAUCGAAGCUAGGGCGGUCAGAGACGCAUUCUUCCCAGAAUACGACGAAGACGAAGAUCGUACUACGAGUCUUGAGGCGGAUGAACCUCUUUAUGUUGGAUCGAUAAAGACAGUAAUUGGCCAUUUGGAAGGGACUGCCGGGCUGGCUGGGUUAUUGAAAGCCUCUCUGGCUAUCCAGAACGGAAUAAUCCCCCCCAAUAUGCACUUUAACAAACUAAACCCCAAAAUCUCGCCAUUCUACACCAACCUCCACGUACCGACAAAGGCCAGAGCAUGGCCUACACUGCCUCCUGGAACUCCAAGACGUGCAAGCGUCAACAGCUUCGGAUUUGGAGGAACCAAUGCACACGUCAUCCUUGAGAGCUGGGCUCCUGAGGAUAUUCAACGGGAUGACGCUCUCCAAGUUCCCUGUGGCCCGCUUACUUUAUCUGCCAACACAGAGAAGGCUUUGUUGGCCAGGGCUCGCCACAUGUCUGAAGCGUUGAAGGCUGGCAAGAUGGCAAAUAUCUCUAACCUAGCCUGGACGAUGCAGUGUCGCCGCACACAAUUCCCAUACAAGACGUAUGUUUCUUCAUCUACUGUCGAAGGACUCAUCGAGAAAUUAGAUGACGUGGACUCAAAGUCAAACUCAAUCGCUACAAAAGGAAUCCACGUUACGGAACAUCUUCCAGCGCGGAUAUUGGGCGUAUUUACAGGCCAGGGUGCGCAAUGGCCUUCGAUGGGACGUCGUCUCUAUGAGAAGUCGGCCAGCUUCAAACGCACAAUUGAUAAGCUCGAAGACUCCCUGAAGAACUUGCCCGAUGCACCAUCUUGGUCGCUCGUGUCUGAACUGACUGCGCCACCUGAAAAGUCCAGAAUACACGAGGCGGCCAUCUCACAGCCUUUAUGCACCGCCCUGCAGGUUGCGCUUGUCGAUCUUCUCUAUGCCUCGGGCAUCACAUUCAGCGCUGUUGUCGGUCACUCAUCUGGAGAGAUUGGUGCGGCUUAUGCUGCUGGCUAUGUCGAGGCUGCCGAUGCGAUCCGGAUUGCGUACUAUCGUGGUGUUCACGCUCACUUGGCCGGUGGACCGAACGGUCAGAAAGGCAAGAUGAUGGCAGUUGGCAUGGGACUGGAGCAAGCGCGUGCUUUCUGCUCACAAGAGAAGCUUGCUGGCCGAAUCCAUGUAGCAGCUAGCAAUUCUCGAUCCAGCGUCACUCUCUCUGGUGAUGCAGAUGCCGUUGAUGAAGCCAAGGAGCUACUUGAUAGCCAGCAGUCAUUUGCAAGACUUCUCAAAGUUGACAAGGCCUACCAUUCGCAUCAUAUGCAGCCCUGUGCAGGGCCAUAUCUUGAAUCUCUGCAGAAGCUACAUAUGCAAAUUAACACUGACAAGCUAAAGUGCAAGUGGUACUCCAGUGUUUAUGGUUCAAACGGUCGCUCGAUUGACAAUAUGGAUGCCUUCAAGGAUACCUACUGGGUAGAUAAUAUGGUCAAGCCGGUGCUCUUUUCGCAAGCUAUUGACAGAGCUGUUACUGAAGAGCACUGUCACGAUAUUGCAUUGGAAGUAGGACCGCAUUUCGCUCUCAAGGCACCUGCAUCGGAAAGCUUGAAGAAUCUCACUGGUUUGGAUAUACCAUAUUCUGGUGUUUUAAGCCGAGGGCAGGAUGAUAUGGAGGCCUUUUCGGACGCUCUUGGAUUUAUCUGGUCCAAAUUCCACUCUUCUUCUCCCGUCGUGGAUUUUGCUGGAUUUAGAAAGGCAUGCUUUGGAGAUGACGUUGGUCCAGCCAUGACCCUUAAAGGGCUCCCACCCUACCCUUGGGAUCAUGCUAGUAAGUUGUGGAAAGAGUCCCGAAAGUCGCGAAUCUAUCGUUCUCGCAAAAACCCGAUUCACGAACUGCUUGGCUAUCCUACAUCCCACGGAAACAAUCGCGAGGUCACUUGGCGCAAUGUGAUGAGAAUUCAGGAAAUGGAAUGGCUGCGAGGACACAUCUUCCAGAACCAAGUCCUCUUCCCAGCAGCUGGAUACGUGUCCAUGGCUUAUGAAGCAUCCAUCCGUCUUGCGGCUGAGCACGAAGAGGUGCGGCUUGUCGAGCUUGAGGAUCUAGUCAUUCACCGCGCUAUUACUCUGGAAGAUGACGCAGCUGGCACAGAAGUGACUUUCACGAUCCGAGUCAUAGAUCGAGACUCGGAUAAGAUCACGGCUGAAUACUCGUGCUACAGCUGCAAAGUGGACGGAGAAGUCUCCGAACACUCUGAGAGUACGAACUUCACUGGACGUGCCAUCGUUCGUCUUGGAAAGCCUGCGGUAGAUGCCUUGCCACCCAGGAUUGCGCCGAAACUACCAAUGAAACCUGUUGGCGUAGAUCGUCUUUACAAGUACAUGGAGCAGGUCGGCCUUCGCUACACGGGAGACUUUACAAUUGAGGCUGUUGAACGACGACUGAACGUGUCGACGGUGACACUUAAGCGCCUUGAAAACGAUAGGCUCCGCCUGCAUCCUGCGACUCUUGACGCUGCCUUUCACGGAAUAUUCACUGCCAUGGCAUUCCCUGGAGAUGGCCAGCUAUGGACCCCAUAUCUUCCGACUAACGUGCGCCGUGUUCGCAUCAAUCCUGCUGCUUUGGAAGCCUCUGCAUUUGCAGAUACGUCUUCUGAGCUGCUUGCGGACUGCUACCUCAGAGAUGCCAACUCAAAGAAGAUCCAGGGUGACGUUGACAUUACUUCGACUGCUGUAGGACACCCACAGAUCCAGCUGCACGCUCUAACGUGUUCUUCUUUUACCAAGGCCACUCCACAGAACGAUCGGAAGCUUUUUGCAAAGACUGUCUGGAAGAGAGACAUUGCUAGUGGCAUUGAUCCUGAGAAGAUUGAGUACCUGACCGAGGAAGAGGUCGAGUAUGGCGAUACUUGUGAGCGUCUUGCCUACUUCUACCACAGGCGACUCCGUGAUGCGAUCAAGCCAGAAGAUAUCCCCAAGAUGGAUGAGCACUUCCAGAUCCAAUUUGACUGGAUUGUGAAUUAUCUCCUUCCCAAGAUUGAAGCCGGACGACACCCACGUAUCAAAAAGGAAUGGGCGACUGAUACGGCGGAGGAUGCAGCAGCUUGGAGGGCAAAAUAUCCAGGAAUGGUAGAACUGCAGAUGAUAUCAGCACUCGGAGAAGUCCAGCCGUCGAUUCUGCGAGGCGAGCUGCCAGCCCUGCAGGUCAUGAUGCAAGACGAUAUGCUCACGAGGCUUUACGCCGAAGCCGUUCCAUUCCGACAGACUUACGGUCAUCUUGUCACGGUAACCAGUCAACUGGCUCACCGUUACCCGCGCUUGAAAGUUCUGGAAAUUGGUGCUGGCACUGGUGGUGCCAGUGUUCAUAUGCUCAAGGAACUUGUCGGCCGUUGCCAUUCAUAUACCUAUACAGAUAUCUCAGCUGGUUUCUUUGAAGCUGCGCAGGAGCGGUUCCGAGAGUACUCAUCCAUGAUGGAAUGGGCGGUGCUAGAUAUUGAGCGUGAUCCCCUGGGACAGGGCUUUGAAGAACAUUCUUUUGAUGUCAUCAUGUCUUCAAACGCUCUGCACGCGACCAAGUCUCUGAAAAAGACAUUAGCUAAUUGCCGAACUCUUCUAAAGGCAGGGGGUUACCUGAUUCUCAACGAAGUUACCAACGACGGUGUUUUGCCGCAAUUCAUCUCUUCUCAUCUACCCGGAUGGUGGCUUGGACGUGAUGAUGGGCGUGUCUACUGUCCCACAACUGAUGAAGAAAGAUGGAACAAAGAUCUACUCGCCACUGGUUUCUCUGGAGUGGACGCGGCGUACAGAGAUUAUCACGACCCCAAAAGAUAUCUUGCGUCGCUCAUCGUCAGCCAGGCGGUCGACGAGCGCAUCAACGUCUUGCGUGAUCCCACCGCUUGGACUGACAUGAUACCUCCUGUCGAUGAUUUGAUCAUAAUAGGUGGGCAAUCAUCCCAAGUCGAAAAGAUUGCACAGACAGCCAAAGGCCUCCUCCAGCCCAUCGCUUCCAAUGUUACCCUCAUCAACAAGCUCGAAGACGUUACAGAGGUCCCAGACGGAGCUACUGUGUUGGUUCUCUCUGAGCUGGAUGUCCCAACCUUCCAAGAUAUCACGCCAGAGAGAUUCAGCGGCGUCCAGUCAGUGUUUAAAGACGCCAGAUUUGUCCUUUGGGCUACACGUGGGUGUCGCGCUGAGAAUCCGCUGAGCAACAUGGUUGUUGGCCUUGGUAGAGCCGCCAUGCACGAACUGCCCAACCUGCGACUUCAAUUCUUGGAUGUGGACACAAUGACCCCAGACCCUCGAUUGUUUUCUGAGACUUUACUGCGUACAAUUUGCGUCAACUCUGCCGAUUUCGAGGAUGUGCUUUGGGCUGACGAAUGGGAGCUUGCGGUGGAGAAGAGCGGUCUCUACAUCCCAAGAAUUGUUGCCAGCAACGAAAUGAAUGACAGACUCAAUUCCGUUCGAAGAGAUAUUAUGAGUCCAUUAUCUUUGGCCGAGAACCGUGUCGAGCUCGUGGCCGACGAAGGCUCAUAUUCGUUCCAAAGAGUGCAAGGCUCGAUAAAUGCCGAUGUUUCAAAUGCCGAUACUUCAUCUGAAUAUGCACAAUUCAGAGUUCACGCCUCAUCUCUGCUACCUUUCAGGCCUCUAAAGAGCAAAGCUCUCUAUCUCUGCCUAGGAACGGUUGUCGGAACAGGUCGCAAAGCCGCAAUAUUCUCUCCUUCGGUUCUGUCAACUCUGAGUGUAAUGGUUUCGGAUUUGUGGCAUCUCCCCGAGGAUUUUGAUCUCGUAACUGAUUCCCAAGUGCUCUUUGGAGUCCUUAUUGCCGAGAGCAUCAUUUCUGGCAUCAGAUGCCGCAUUUGGGUCCAUGAUGCCGAUGUUUUGCUAGCCAAGCUUAUUGCACACGUCGCCGCUGCUGAAGGAAUUGACGUAUUCUUUAGCACAUCUUCGGAAGAAGACAGCAAUUUUGACCCCGCUCAAGUCUUUAUUCACUCAUACGCCAACGAAAGAGAUAUUCUAUCUCUCCUUCCUGAGGAUAUUGAAGUUUUUGUGAAUCUAGGGCAAGACAACAGCGUCCUAGCACACAUCGCUGAGGGCUUUGAGAGCCUUGACGCAGUUAGAAGUGUGCGUGAAGAUGAUGCCAUAUUGAUGAAUUACAGAUGGGGUGACUUGCUCAAGAUUACGAGGCACCAUGUUUCAACUGGAUUGCCAAAAUUCCCCAUGGAGAAUGCCUCCAUCUCUGUAGCUGAGAUCAACAAGCAGGCUGGUCAAGCUUCAUUGACAACCAUGCUGAACUGGAAUGAUGCCGAGUCGGUGGAAUCAAAGAUCAGCCCUCUCAGGCCGUCCGACCUUUUUGUGGCAAACAAGACAUAUCUUCUCGUUGGUUUAGCUUCUCAGCUGGGCAUGUCAAUCUGUGAUUGGAUGGUCAAGCAUGGAGCGAGAUACUUGGUAGUCACCAGCCGAAGCCCCGGUAGAGUUGACACGGCGGUGCUUGAAGAUCUGAGACGCCGGGGUGCCAAUGUCAAGGUUCUCCCCCUUGACAUUACCGACAAAGAAGGGUUGCUGAGAUUGCACAAAGAAGUCUCUGAGACAAUGCCACCCAUUGCCGGCGUGGCAAAUGCUGCUAUGGUGUUGAACGAUAAGCUUUUCACAAACAUGUCUUUGGAAGACUUUGAGGUGGCAUCAAGGCCCAAAGUCAAGGGAACGCAAAAUUUGGAUGAGCUGUUCCAUUCCACUCCUUUGGACUUUUUUAUCUGCUUCUCAUCUCUAACUUGUGUCAUGGGCAAUCCGGGACAGUCUAACUAUGCUGCGGCAAACAUGUACAUGCACUCUCUCGUGCGCCAGCGAAAGCAGAGGGGCGUUGCAGCGUCCAUCAUUGACAUUGCUUUCCUCCUCGGUGUGGGUUUCGUCGACCGCAAUCUGGAGCAGUACGAGGACCACUUGAAGAAAUUCGGAUACAUGAGGAUAUCCGAACCAGAGUUCCACGGUGUCUUUGCCGAAGCCAUUGCCGCAGGUCAGCCGACUUCCAAGGAGGAUCCUGAGAUUAUCAUCGGCAUCGGAGAGGAACCCAAUGCGCCGUGGUACAGCAAUCCUCGAUUUGCAACCUAUGUGCGACACGAGACCAAUGAAGAAGACGCAGAUAAUCACCAGGCUCAAUCAUCACAGAGUGUCAAGGGCAGACUGGCCGCAGCGAAGAAUAGCGAAGAUGCUCUGGCCAUCUUGCAGGGCGCCUGUGCAGAAAAGCUCGCCAUGAUUCUCCAAGUCCACGCCGACGUCAUUGAUCACUCUACUCCGCUGUUGGUGUUGGGAAUCGACUCCCUAGUAUCUGUCGAGAUUAGAUCCUGGUUUUUGAAAGAGGUGAAUGUCGACAUGCCGGUUUUGAAGAUCUUGAGCGGUGCUUCUCUUGCAGAGAUAUGCCAAGACGCUCUGGUGCUGCUUCCACCGACGCUGAUUUCCUCGGCUGAAACGGCUGCACCAACAGCUGAUGCAGCUCCAGCAGUGAACAAUGAGCUGUUGAGCUCAGCACAUGUGCGGCAGCUCAAGGUUCCGUCUGCAGCGCCCACCGAGGUCUCUACCUUGAAGAUGGAAGACAAUGCCAGUGCGCUCAUGUCCAGAGCUUCUACGGGAUCGUCUUCAGUUUCAGAGACGGCAUCACUGGAGGAACCUUUAUACGAACGAGUUGGCGAGAUGACUCCGGGCCAGAGCCGCCUGUACUUUCUGCACGUCUAUCUGGAGGAUAAAGCCACGUACAACGUCACAAUGUCUGGUAAAUUACAAGGCCCGUUCGAUAUGGGCAGACUGAAGAAAGCGCUCAGCACCAUUACCAGAAAGCACGAAGGUCUACGAAGUUGUUUCUUUUUGAAUGAUGCAACUGGAAAGGCCAUGCAAGGAGUUGGCAAAGAAGCGCGCAUUGCUGUAGAGCACAAGAACAUCCAAGACGAUGCGGAAAUCCAGGCUACUCUUGAUGCUAUGAAGACCGCAGAGUUCAGCUUGGAAACUGGAGCAUGGAUGAAGAUCCAAGUACUUUCUCUAUCUCGCACUCGGCAUCACGUUAUCUUCACCUUUCACCACAUUGCUCUCGACGGUGUCAGCUGGGCCAUUUUCCUCAGCGAGCUGAACAAGGCAUACGCGGGCGGCGAUUUUUCAUCACCGGUUCAGCAAGCAAUUGACCUUGCCAAUAAGCAGCAACAAAAGGCAGCGCCUGCAAAGGUUCAGAACGAGCUGCAAUUUUGGAAAGAUGUCUACAGCACUCUUCCCGAACCUCUGCCUCUGUUUCCCGUCUCUCGAGUCCAGUGUCGACAGCUGCUAAAGUCUUACGACACAGAAACGCUUGAUGUGAUGCUCUCCAAAUCGCUCGUUGGCCAGAUCAAACAAGCCAGCGGAGAGAUGCAUGUGACGUCCUUCCACUUUUAUCUGUCGUCCAUCGCCGCAUUUGUAUCAAGGUGUCUUGGCGUGAAUGACUUUUCUAUUGGGAUUCUUGAUGCAAAUCGCGCGACUGCAGAGGACAUGACGACCGUGGGCUAUUUCACCAACAUCCUGCCUCUAAGAUUCAACACGACUGCCGACGAAAGCUUUGGAACGUUGGCCAAGCGAACUCGAGACAUGACCUUGGCUGCCCUGUCCAACUCGAAUGCCGAUUUUGACACGAUUCUAGACGUCUUGAAAGUGCCGCGAUCUGGUGACCAGAAUCCUCUUUUCCAGAUCGCUGUCAAUUACCGAUUGGGAGGAUCCAGAACCAUGCCGCUUGGUAAUUGCGAAAUCGAGUGGACAUCUACAACAGAUGCACGUAAUCCUUACGACCUCAUCAUAGACAUUUCGGAAAUUGCAGAGGGAACCAUCAUCUCGUUCACUACCCAACGCUACCUCUAUAGCGCUGCCGAUACUAACAAACUCUUGACGUGGUACACUCAUACUGUGGAAGGGUUUGCCAACGACACCUCCAGGACGGCACUGGAUUGUCUCCUUGCGACUCCCUCUGAAAUUGAAAACGCCAUCUCUCUUGGUCGUGGUCAGAGUCUCGAGAUAAGCUGGAAAGCACCCACUCUUGCGCACAGAGUUGAAGAGAUUGCAUCACAGCACCCGGAUUCCAUUGCAGUUAAAGACGGCUACGGCCAGCAACUAGGCUAUUCUCAAAUGAUGCAGCGGGCUGGUCAAAUUGCUGGUCAACUUUCCGAUCUCCCGGCUGGGUCUUAUGUUGGAAUUCUCUUGCAGCCAGCUGCGGACUCAAUCUGUGCACUGAUGGCCAUCUUAACCUUGGGUUUGGUAUAUGUACCACUGGAUCUGAGAAAUCCAGAGCGUCGUCUUGCUGCUAUUGUGGCUGAUUGUUGGCCGAGCGCCAUAAUCUACCAAGAAGAAACUCAGACUAUGGCGGAGAAUCUAGCUUCUACUGUCGAGCAGAGCAAAGCCAAGCUGGUGUGCAUCUCAAAACCACCGCAGGACGUUCCAUCUCCCAUUCAAUGCGUUGCCGAACCUAAUGCGCCUGGAUUCGCCAUCUAUACCAGUGGCUCAACUGGCACCCCCAAAGGAGUCUUGCUCACUCACCAUGCUCUACUGAACCAGAUUUGGGCCAUUUCAAAAGCCCAUCGUCUCGGCAAAGAAGUCGUUCUUCAGCAGAGCUCGUCUGGGUUCGACCUCCACUUGGAGCAGAUAUUUAGUGCUCUGGCGAACGGCGGCACUGUUGUGGUGGCCUCGAAAGAAGCUCGAGGAGACGCCAUGGAGAUUGCCAAUUUGAUACUCUCGGAGGGCAUAACUUAUACAGUUUUUGUCCCUUCAGAGUACCUAUACCUGCUUCACUAUGGAUCUGACGUACUCAAAAAGUGCACAUCUUGGAAGUUUGCGUUUUCUGGAGGCGAAAAGAUUACUCCUCAGCUCCGCCAAAGUUUCAAAAGGCUAGGUCUCUCCGACUUGCUUCUGAUUAAUCUCUACGGUCCCGCUGAAGCGAGUCUCUCGUGUACAAGAUAUACGGUCCCGUAUGUUACAGAUGACUCCGAGGCCGCCAGUCCGGCGGGCAUGGUACAGCCCAACUAUACUGUGGUGGUGGUUGACGAGCGAGGAAACCCGUUGCCCGUUGGCUUUCCGGGAGAAAUCUGCAUCGGAGGCGCUGGAGUUGCCUCUGGAUACGUCAACCGACCUGAAGAGACUGCGACCAAGUUCAUCGCCAACACCAUUUCACCCAGGCAUGAGAUUGCUGUUUGGGGAUGGGACAAGCUCUACCGGACCGGAGAUAGGGGCCGCAUGCUUGAAAGCGGACUUUUGGACUUUAUGGGCCGAUUGGAGGGCGACUCGCAAGUCAAGAUUCGUGGAAUGCGCAUUGAGCUGGAAGAGAUUGGAAACGUGAUUAUCGAGGCGGCUAGAUCAGCUAUUGUGGAUGCUGCCGUGUCCCUUCGCGGCUCUGACAUGCUUUCAGCGUUUGUCGUCUUUUCAGAUGAUUUCACUCAAGACAAGAAUGCGUUCCUCGGCCAGCUUGGAGCAAAUCUGCCUCUACCAGCGUACAUGUGUCCAGCACACAUUGUUGCAAUCGAUCAAAUUCCGAGGAAUGCUAGCGGUAAAAAGGAUUGGUCCAAGAUUAACAAUCUACCACUUCCAUCUAGCGAGAGCGGCAAUGAACGCAAUGAGGACAUUACCGACCUGGAAGCACGGGUCAUGUCUGUCUGGCAGGAUGUUCUCCCCACCGCAAUCCAGCCGAUGCAGUUGUCUGCCGAUUCCGACUUUUUCCUUGUCGGUGGUAAUUCUCUGCUCCUUCUCAAGUUGCGUUCUGAGCUUAAAAUGGCCUUUGGCAUUGAUUUGACAUUGCCCGAGCUGUUCCAAGUGAGCACAGUCCGCGAUAUGGCGUCAAAGAUUCAGGCAGAUGGGUCGAAGAAUGAGGUGCAAGGCCAAAGUAUUGACUGGGGCAAGGAAUUAAAGUCCCUCUGCGAUGGUUUAAUGCCGCAAUCAUACUCUUCUUCGGAUAAAACACCAGCAACGAAAUCAGGCGUUUCAGUCAUCUUGACGGGAGCAACUGGCUUUUUGGGACGGCACAUGCUCCAACAUCUUGUCAAUGAUGAGAGAGUCGGCGAAAUACAUUGCGUGGCGAUACGGCCCGGAGUCAAUGGGGAACCGAGACAUGUCGAUGUAUCCAGUCCCAAAAUUAUCGAGCAUGCCGGCGAUCUUGGAGACCGCAACCUCGGCUUGUCGUCUUCAGCGUUGAAGGAUCUGGUUGCUCGUGCCGACGUUGUAGUGCACAACGGCGCAGAUGUAUCAUUCAUGAAGACUUACCGCUCGCUACGUCGACCAAAUGUUCUUUCUACUCGGUACCUGGCCGAGAUGGCACUUGCAAGAUCAAUUCCAAUUCACCUUGUUUCGACUGCUUCCGUGGCACAUUUCCAUGUCGGCAAGCAUCUCCACGAAACAUCAAUCCAGGGCCUCGACAAUCUACCCAAAGAUGGCCGAAACGGAUAUGCAGCGUCUAAAUGGAUGAGCGAGGCCUUUCUGGAAUCACUGGCAGACGAUCACGGAGCACGCAGCUGGAUCCAUCGACCAACGAGCAUCAUUGGGGUUGAUGCACCAGAAAUGGACAUUGUAGCAUCAUUGCACAACUACUCCAGGCUUCUCAAAGCGGUACCGCGAUUCCCCAAGGCCAUCAGCGGCGCACUCGACUUUGUUUCCGUGCGAUCCGUAGCGAAGGACAUUGCUGAUGCGGCGGUGGCCUCUGUGAGCGCAGAUGGAAAAGAUGCCACACGGCGUGUAUCGUAUCAGCAUCAUUGCAGUGAUGAAAAGGUGCCCCUUGGGGACUUUGGAAGAUACAUGGAAAGGACGGAGGGCGGCGUGUUUGAUGAGCUGGAGUCAAAGGUUUGGCUUGAAAAGGCACGCGAGGCUGGAUUGAACAGGCUUGUGUGCGAAUAUUUGGCGAGUACUGUUGGUGCUGGUGAGAUUUUGUCGCUGCCGACGCUUUUGAAGGGGAAAGACUAG